CCGACGCCCAGGGCAAAGGGACCCCCAGGAGGGAUCAGGCGGAAAAGGCCCGCCGCGGAGGCAGCCGGGGGCUUGCGAGGGAGGCGCACACACGCGACCGGGAGCCCCGGGGAGCGCCCAGAGGCCGCGCCACCAUGUGCGAGCUGUACAGCAAGCAGGACACCCUGGAGCUGAGGAGGAAGCACAUCGGACCCUCAUGCAAAGUUUUUUUUGCUGAGGAUCCCAUCAAAAUAGUGCAAGCCCAACGCCAGUACAUGUUUGACGAGAGAGGAGACCGGUACCUGGACUGCAUCAACAAUGUGGCCCACGUGGGACACUGUCAUCCAGAAGUGGUCAAGGCUGCCGUGAAGCAAAUGGAGCUGCUAAACACGAAUUCUCGAUUCCUUCACGACAAUAUCGUGGAGUACGCCAGGCGCCUUGUAGCAACCCUGCCGGAGGAACUCUCUGUUUGCUAUUUUACCAACUCAGGAUCUGAAGCCAAUGAUUUGGCCUUACGCUUGGCUCGGCAGUUCAGAGACCACCAAGAUGUGAUCACUCUUGACCACGCUUAUCAUGGCCACCUGUCCUCUUUAAUUGAGAUCAGUCCAUAUAAAUUCCGGAAGGGCAAAGAUGUCAAGAAAGCAUUUGUGCAUGUGGCACCAACUCCAGAUACUUACAGAGGCAAAUACAGAGAAGAUCAUGCAGACCCAGCCAGCGCUUAUGCAGAUGAAGUAAAGGAAAUUAUUAAAGAAGCUCAUAACAAUGGAAGGAAGAUUGCUGCCUUUAUUGCUGAAUCCAUGCAGAGUUGUGGCGGACAAAUAAUCCCUCCAGCAGGCUACUUCCAGAAAGUGGCAGAAUAUGUCCACAGAGCAGGAGGUGUGUUUAUAGCUGAUGAAGUUCAGGUGGGCUUUGGUCGAGUUGGAAAACAUUUCUGGAGCUUCCAAAUGCACGGAGAAGAUUUUGUUCCAGAUAUUGUCACAAUGGGAAAACCAAUGGGCAAUGGUCACCCAAUGGCAUGCGUGGUAACAACCAAAGAAAUCGCAGAAGCCUUCAGCAGUUCUGGGAUGGAAUAUUUCAAUACGUACGGAGGAAAUCCAGUAUCUUCUGCUGUUGGUUUGGCUGUCCUGAAUAUAAUUGAAAAUGAAGACCUUCAAGGAAAUGCCAUUAGAGUAGGGGAUUAUCUUACCAAGUUACUCAAUAAACAGAAGGCUAAACAUACUUUGAUAGGAGAGAUCAGAGGCAUUGGCCUAUUUAUCGGAAUUGACUUGGUGAAGGACCGUCAGAAAAGGACCCCUGCCACAGAGGAAGCUCAACACAUCAUCUACAAGAUGAAAGAAAAGCGAGUACUUCUCAGUGCGGACGGACCUCACCGAAAUGUGCUGAAAAUAAAACCACCUAUGUGCUUCACAGAAGAAGAUGCUAAGUUUAUGGUGGACCAACUUGAUGAGAUUCUAACAGUUUUAGAAGAAGGCAUCGGAGCCCAAAGUGAGAGUGUGAUCUCUGAGAAUGCUCCGUGCAGAGCAAAGAUGCCAAACGAAGCACACUCACUUGAAUGGCUUGAUGACGGCACCUUGGACCCCAGGGAAAAUCCCAGCCGAAAGAGAAAUGGAUUGUGCACUGAUAAACAUUCCCUGCUCAGUAAGAAGCUCAAGACAUGAGAGAUGAACACCGUAAAGCAGGAUAAAUGUCCAGGGUUAUAGAGAAUCAUUGGAAGUGUCUCUUUCUCCUCCUAGCAGCUCUAUCGUACCCUCUACCGGUAGAAUUUGCAUUCCAUUUCGACGUGUAAAUAACAAGGUAACGGAGUGAAAAGAGUAAGCCAAGUGAUAAUCAAACCAUGUCAGGAUGAUUAGUUCAGCCUCUAGCCUGUUAAUUCCUUACUGGAGAUUUCCGAAAGUGCUUUAUUUAUUCUACUAAAUUCAUGCUUCAAAUUGAAAAUGAAGUUGGCGGCUUUACUCCGUUUCAGUGUUUGAAAUGAGAGAACAAAGCACUAUAGGUUCCUUAACUUUUCAGACUUAUGCCUUAAAAUACGAAGGAAUCAUUCUUCAUUGAUUUAAUG